UAUAUAUAUGUAGAAUUAUAAGAAACUUUGGGGUGUUAACCCUGAGUUCAAACCUUAGGCUAUCUGUCUAGGAAAUUUGUCUAGAGGCUUAUGAAAGAAAGAAAGCUAACCAUGUAAAUAAACGCUGGACGCUAAAGUUGGAUUUAGAAAGUAUUUUGAGUUUGUUAAAUUUAUAUGUUAUGCGGUUUGUGGUUUGCAUUAAUAUGAUUGAUCACCAAGGAAAACACAACAUGUGUUUCUGCAUUGAAUUAGUCGUUGUUGUGUACAUAAUACAUAUAACCUAGUCACAAAUUAUAUUUUCUAAAAGUCAUAACUAUAACUUAAAAAUCUAUGUGAAUAGAAAACACAUCUUUAUGCAUAUACGAUUUUUUUCUUUAAAAUUUAUUAAACUCUUCCAGUUUUUCUCUCUCUCAUUGCGCCCUUAUAUAACCCUCCAUUCCUCCCCACCACCUUCACAUCCACACCUUUCUUUCAAACGUACCAAACUCUCUCUCUCUCUCUCUUUUCUCUCAUUUUCUCUCAUUCUCUCUCACUCUCUAUCAAAGUUAGGUUUCAAUAAGCUCAACUCAUGGCGAUAAAGAAGUCGAACAAAGUGGCAGCGUCUCAAGCAGCAACUAUAAAGAAACUCUUGAAGAGAUGCUCAAGUCUUGGAAAGAAGAAUCAAGGUAACUGCUACUUCAGCGACGUACCGAAAGGUCACUUCCCGGUCUAUGUCGGUCAACAAAGAAGUCGUUACGUGGUCCCAAUCGCAUGGCUAGCUCAUCCAGAGUUUCAGACACUCCUCCAACUAGCUGAGGAAGAGUUUGGAUUUGAGCACGAGAUGGGUCUCACUAUCCCUUGUGAUGAAGCCGUCUUUCAAUCACUCAUCUCCAUGUUCAGAUAGAACUCAAUCUCGAGAGAGACUGAUUUAACUCUCAAUUGGUAAUCUCUCGAGAUUAUGAUCCCCUUAAAGGGUUUGAUCACAUUGUCACACUCUAGACUGGGAAGACAGAAACGUCAAACUCUAUUAUCAAGAAAAUCAAGAAACAAGGAAUAAUAAAUAUAUAAUAUAUAUUAUGGGAUUUAGGUUUUUCUAUUCUCUUAAGAAGACGGAAGCAAAUGGUGGGCAUGGCGAUCAAGCAUCGACUCAAGAUUUGUGACUAUGCCAAUGUAUCUAACAGUAGUUUAAUUAACCACUCUCUUGGAAUUUUUAUCUUUCCUAUAUAUUAUUUUCGGUGUCUUGUCUAUUUCGAAUAUUUUGUAUAUUGGGUGGGCGACUUUUCCCUCAAGUCAACGUGUAUUGUUGACAGUUGGUUCUUGAGAGGAAUAGCUAGUUUACUUGUAUUGAUUUUGAAUCAAUAAAUUUUAUUUUCUUAUUUA